CUACCGAAGAUUUUUAAAAAUUAUUCAAACAAUGAAUCCAGUACAUUAGCGAUGAAACUGAGAAGAAACAUGGUAAUUUGGUUCCUAACCUUGUAAUAAUUUUUUAAGAUCGAUUUCCAAUUAUCAUCCAUCAAUGUCAGAGAAAUAGUCAAGUGAUUGUGACAUAGAGUUUGAAAUCAUUUUAGUAACCAGGAUUAUCAGUGGAAAGUAUCAUCGACCUUUAUAAAUCAUUGUAUUUGAUUAUUUUACAAUGAAUGAAUUUACUAAAGAGUAUAUCAUAUUAUGUUCAACUUGUGAAGCUUCGUGUGGUAAUAUCUUAUUUGUGGAAAGGAUACCACCUGCAACUCACCAUAUAAAUCCGAAAACCUGCUUGAAUUUCUCUCUAUCCAAUAUUUCUGAAUUUAUCUUCGUUAGCAGAAAGCCCUGUUUUUUUCGUGAAUUAAUUGUCCUGUCGCAUUACUCUUCUUCGAUAUUCUUCUGA